GGCACCUCAGCGUGUAAUGUGAUCAAAUUCCAUUCUUUGAUACCGAAUGAUUCCUUCAAAACAUGAGCAGCGACUCCAGACAGAAGUCUAGCCGCAUAAGGACAGCAUGUCUGGCCUGCAGGGCUCGAAAACACAGGUGCAGUGGUGAAAAGCCUCUCUGUAUCCAAUGCCGAGCACACAACACGCCCUGUCAGUGGCCACAGCCCUGCAAAAGGUGGGUCCGCAGAAGAAAUUCACGAGUCGGCUGAUUGCUCGGCUGAUUGAGACUGAGGCAGUCCUGACGAAGCUCCUUGCUGUUGUGCCGGAUGAACUGCUAGUGUUGUCCUUUAGAGAAGCGGCACCUCACCAGGACGGGCCAACUGUACGAACACAGACACAGAAAUUGGGGAUCGGCCAGAGACCUUCGACGGAAGACGGCUACGGAUUGGCAUAUUGGGACAAGUUUCCCUUAGACUCUCCAGAGUCAGUGCGACAGUGGGAACGUGAUAAAGCUGCAAAAUCACUCGCCAGAGCACAGGAUAGGGCCAACCCCGAAGGAGAGCAAUUUGGUUCACCCCCACCAGCCCCCGAAGAAGACUCGACAUAUCCGCUGCCGCUUCACGAUACACAGUCUCCAGAAUCCAUAUUCACUGGGGCUUCAACGCCGGCCAACGAACCCGCUAUUACAGACAGUUUGGUGAGCGCAAAUGUCGCACCCGGCCAAAAUCUACUACGUACGCGGUUCGAGGAAGAUUUUGAAGCUCAAUAUGUAUGGUAG